AUGGAGUGGAAUAGUGGGAAUCCCAGCAGCAGACCAUUUAUUCCUCGAUCUGCACCACAAAGUUCCUUUGCCUUUCUCUACAACUAUAACAAUGAUCACUACGUAUACCCACCUGGAGUGGGGGAGAUGAAGCAUCAGAUGAUGCAGGGUGCAGUACCAGCAGGUGCAUUAGCAAUGAUGGAAAUGAAUGCAAAUGAAUAUGAUAACAACAAUCAAGAGAAGAAGAAAAGGUUGAGCAGUGAACAAUUAGAGGCACUGGAAAACACUUUCCAGGAGGAGAAGAAACUGGACCCUGAUACCAAAAUGAAGUUGGCUCAUGAACUUGGUCUUCAGCCAAGGCAAAUCGCUGUGUGGUUCCAGAACCGACGUGCUCGAUGGAAGGCUAAGCAACUCGAGUGCUUGUACGACAACCUUAAACAAGAGUUCGAUGCCGUCUCCAGGGAGAAACAAAAGCUUCAAGAAGAGGUGUUAGCGUUGAGAACCAUCCUGAAAGAACAAGUUAGCAAGAGACAAGGAGCAGGGUCUAGCACUGGGUACACUUACAUCUCCGGCGAAGAGACCGUCGAGAGCACAUCAGUGGCCACCAUUCGCACCACCACCAACCACCACCCUCAUCAACUAACACUCGGCGGCCAACACGCCACAACGACCACCGCCGCCGCCGCCGCCAUGGACUGCAACUACGUGCUAAACUAUGAUCCGGCCACAUCGAUGCCGCCGACUCCAUCUUACUCUAAUUGGGCAGUUCUUCCUACUUAUCCUUAA